AGCUCCCAGGGCCCGGCACCGCAGGCUCAGACCGGGCUUCUGAGGGGAGAGGCCGAAGCAGGGAGUCCAGCCUGGGAACUGUCCGGGCAGCCCAGCAAGCCAGGCGGAAGCUGCUGUGGAGCGACGCUGACGCCCAGAGAACUGCUGGGGGGAGGUGGCGCGAGGUGGGACUCAAAUGCUGGAGGAAGGAGUACCACCAUCUUCAGAUACUGCCCUUCCCCAAGAGGAAAGCACAGGAGAGGAAGGGAUGGCUGCUGGUCUUCUCACAGCUGGGCCCCACGAGGGGUGGAGGUACCUGGUCCCCACUCCAAGGGACAGGUUCAAGGAGGGGAUACCAGAAAAGUCCAGGAACCUGGUCCUACUGGGACUUCCAGUUUCCCAGUCUGGCAUGAACUCCCAGCUGGAACAAAGGGAAGGCCCAUGGAUGUUGGAGGGAGAAGACCUACGAAGUUCCUGUCCAGACUGGAAGAUUAUACCUGAGUCACCACCAGAGCAAGCCAGUUCUGAAGAAUCAUCCCAAGACACAGAUAUAGAGAUGGCCCCCGGGGAGUCAGACCACAGGCUCAGUGAACUUGGGAAGAGCUUCAGUCUGAGACCAGUCCUCUCUCCACAACAGGGAGUUCCGACAGAAGUGAGACCUCGCAAAUGUGAAACACGUACCGAGAGCUUCAAAAAGAAUUCAGAAAUAAUAGACCCUCACAGAGUGAAACCGUACACAUGUAAUGAAUGUGGCAAAGCCUUCAGUUACUGUUCUUCCCUUUCUCAGCACCAGAAGAGCCACACUGGGGAGAAGCCCUAUGAGUGCAAUGCAUGUGGGAAGGCCUUUAGCCAGAGCUCCUCUCUCAUUCAGCACCAGAGGAUUCACACGGGAGAGAAACCUUAUAAAUGCAGUGAAUGUGGGAGAGCCUUCAGCCAGAACGCGAACCUCACAAAACACCAGCGAACUCAUACUGGAGAAAAGCCCUACAAAUGUAGCGAGUGUGAUAAAGCCUUCAGUGACUGUUCAGCCCUGGUUCAGCAUCAAAGAAUUCAUACCGGGGAGAAGCCCUACGAAUGCAGCGACUGUGGGAAGGCCUUCCGUCAUAGUGCAAAUCUUACGAACCACCAGAGGACUCACACUGGGGAGAAGCCCUACAAAUGUAGUGAGUGUGGGAAGGCCUUCAGUUACUGUGCAGCGUUCAUUCAGCACCAGAGAAUUCACACAGGGGAGAAACCCUACAAAUGUAAUGCGUGUGGGAAGGCCUUCAGCCAGAGUGCAAACCUCACAAACCAUCAGAGGACGCACACUGGAGAGAAACCCUACAAGUGCAGCGAGUGUGGGAAGGCCUUCAGCCAAAGUACAAAUCUUAUAAUCCACCAAAAGACUCACACUGGGGAGAAGCCAUAUAAAUGUAAUGAAUGUGGGAAAUUCUUCAGUGAGAGCUCAGCCCUUAUUCGACAUCAUAUAAUUCACACUGGAGAAAAACCUUACGAGUGCAGUGUGUGUGGAAAAGCAUUUAACCAGAGUUCAUCCCUUAGUCAACAUCAGAGAAUUCACACUGGCAUUAAACCCUAUGAAUGCAGUGAGUGUGGGAAGGCCUUUAGGUGUAGCUCAGCUUUCAUUAGACAUCAGAGACUCCAUGCUGGAGAGUAACUAGGAACAUAGCGGAAGUGGGGAGAGCCCCCACUACAUGCCAACUCAUGACAGAUGUGUGGUCUCAGAUAAAUGCUGAAGGCUUAGAAGCAUCUGGGGACACCUAGCUUUUAGUCUGUAGCCCAAUGCCACAUGCAAAAGCACCUUUAAUAAACAGUCACUAUUUUACAUGUUGCAUGUGGAAGCUUGGGAGCUCUGUAACAUUUUCAUUCAGUAAGCAUCUAGGGAAUCCAACAAUCCAACUCGAAUGUCACCCAAUUUUAGAGAUUUGCCUUUACUCAGACAAGCGGGCCAAAGCAUUUUACGUGGCAAACACACCACAAACCUGGUUUUGUUAGAAAAUGUGACCAAAUCAACGAGUAAAGAACUCAGUUUCUAAUCAAGGCUAGGUCUUCAGUAAUACUAGCAAUUUCUCCUUGAAGCGAU